AUGUCAACUGCUGUGAUGCAUGGUUGUUUUGGCCAAGGACAUUGUCUCAGCCUCUCUUCCCGAACUAUAACUCUAGCAUCCCAUGAUGGCAACGACACCAUCGUUCUCGCUCAAUGGCAAGCAAAUCUGGCAUAUAGAAUUUGGUUCGCAGAAGCCAUUUCGCAACAUCUUGUCCAUGAAAUGGUUGAUGCUACUGUUGUGGUAUGCGAAGUUUUCAACCAAGUUGAGGAAAUACUGAACGUAAAGCUGGGAGCGGAAAAGGCGUAUAUUACUGCUGUUUCUAUUCCUUUCCCUAUCAGUACUGUUCUCCUCCGCAAUCAACUGUUCACCACUAUUUCAGGAUGCGCGCUUUGGGAUAAUAGGACUGGGUUUUUCUCCGCGAUCUUGGAGACUAGACAGAUUCUGUGGGGUGCGUAUGGUCUUUCGCAAUCGCAGGGAUUAGGAGUAGAGGGAAUCGUAAAUGAGAGUGGAGAGGGAGCGGGAGUGGUGGUCAAUGUAGAAAUUAAUUGGGUGUGUUCUGGUAUACAGGUAUUGGGGGUUGAAGAGGGAGUUGUAUGGGUUAUUGGGGUGGAUGUUUGGUUGGAUUUAGGAUGGGGGAAAGAUGAUGAGGGUGAGGAUAAGACGUGGAUCACCAAUGUCGAAGAAAGGUUUGAGCGUUUCUUUGCUCAAUACUUCGUUUCCACACCGAGUAUGAGGAAGGGUGAUAGGUAUGCUUCAGAGCAUUUGCGCAUGGUCACAUUUACCGGCGAUGCGCCCGCUCACGCUUUCGCUCUUGUUAGGGGCGCAUUGAGAAGAUUGUUGGCGAACUAUCCAUGGGUGGUGUUCAGAGAAGAUUUCGAGCCAGACGAAAUCUCUGCUAUCGGAGCGGCGAUGCUGGGGAAGGUGUUAGCGGAGGAAGAGGCUAGGUACGAAUCGGAUUACAUGGUCGAUAUGACUAAAUUCCAAGACACGUAG